AUGCCAAGUUCAAAUGUAUCCGUAGAUGAGAUGAUUGCCCGUUUUACUGGAAGAAGUGUACAUACGGUCCGUAUGAAAUCUAAACCUACCCCCGAAGGUUAUAAGAUUCUAUCAUUAUAUGAUUCAGGAUACACAUGGAUAUUUUCUUUUUUAUCACGUGUUGAAAAGGCAACAAACCUACCUACUGUUCAAGGUAUUAAUGAAAUAGGUCAGCAUGUUUGCUACUUAGUAUUUCAACUUCCACUUCAAUCACGUGCUUUUACAAUAUAUAUAGACAAUUUUUUUACAUCAAUUCCAUUAUUCCAACAUUUGUGGAAUAAUAGAAUUGGUGCAUGUGGAACAGUUCGCACAAACUCUGCUAAUAAUAAUACACAAAAUCCACUAGAUAGUGAAGAAUUUUGUACAUAUCUUGUUUGGGAACUUAUACAAGCUUCAGUAAGCCAAGUUCCUAAUACAAGAAAUUUACAAUAUUCAAUUACUAAUCCUCCUGUUUCAAAU